AUGAAGUUCUCCGCUCUCUUCGUUGCUGCCGUCGCUCUGGUCAGCGGUGCUGUUGCCAAGGACUGCUGCUGCAAGUUGUCUAACAACAGUUGCGACUGUGUCUCUGGUUACGAAAACAACGUCAACUGCGCCAGCAUUUGCGAGGUCAGGGGAAACUGGGGCCAGUGCUAG